CGUUUUCAUAGAAACACUCCAUCUACAAAAUGGAGGGAGGCAAGAACAACAUUCACAAAAUAAAUGGAUUGAUGAAUCGAGCCAGCAUUUAUCAGUUUGCAUCCAGGAUGUGGAAUUGUCUGUGUAAAUGGUGCAGACGAUAUUUCUUCACUGGGAACUGCUCUUCAUAUGAGAAACAGAACGACGAAAAUAGCGACCUCAGGGCUCUCAUAACAAAAGCUUCUGUCUCGGAAACUUCGAGGGAUAUUGGCCCAGAAAAGAGUACCGACGAGUACGACCAAAAGGACCAGUACAGUUUCAGCUCAUUAUUUGAACAGCAUACAACAAAGUUAAGUGACAAACUGGCCGAGGUAUCAGCUGAGAGGGAUGUCUUGUUAGAACAAAUAAAUCUUUUGAAAAAAUCUAUAGACUGGCUGUCAACUGAAAAUGAGGGCCAAAAACAAGAGAUUGAAAGACUUCAUGACGCUAAAGAGGUAGCGGAUGCAUUAAGAAUUAAAUAUGAAGCAAUAACACGUAUAUUAAAUAAAUUGAGGAUAGAAAAUAGCAGAUUGAAAGUCAGCUUACGCGAUAAAUCACGUGUUAGUGCAGAAAAUGUGCUUGCGAUGUGUAGUGAAAUGGCUAAGUUAUCAGCAGAGAGGGACGCCUCGAAGACAAGUUAUGAAGCAAUUGCUGAAGAAAAUAGUAGACUGAAGCGACAGUCGUUGGAGACGCUCGAAGCAGAUGGUGUGGAGAGCGAGUGAACGUUAUGAGCAAAACCGUAGAAUCGCUGUUGUCUGAGAACGAGGACUUAAAACGGGAAGUUCAAAGAUUUUCUGUCAGAGAAGUUGAAGCUGAUAUAUUAAGAAUUGACUGCAAUUCAGUAAGAGUUAAAAUGUGUGAAUUGAUAACUGAACGUAACAGAAUACAAGCUGAAUUAUGCGAGGAUUUAACUAUCGAAGAAAGUUUGCCUGCGAUGCGCAAGCAGAUAGAAAUCUUGUCAGCAGAAAGGGUCGUCUUAAAGACAAAGUGUGCACAAGUUACUGAUGUGGAUAAUAGCAAAGCCAGCCAUGGUAAACGAAAAUGGGAAGCUCAUGGAUUAUGUAAAGAAGUUGAAACACGAUGUUAAUCAUGCCAAAGAGAGGGAGCUGUAGAAAGAUGACAUUGUUAGCGACAUGGAAAAGUAAAUUAAAAAACUGACAGAUUACAUCACAGCCAUACAAGAAGAUCGUACUGAAUGGAUUCGGAACCGUCUCCUGAUCAAAAAGUCACUCAAGAAAAUAGAGUGCAGAUACAAUCCAAUUCUAGCAAUACCAGCAUUGACAAUAUAUGUAGCAACAAUGGUGGAAGAAGGGCUCCAACAGCAAUUUAGUUACCUACGUAGUCUAUAAGGUAAUUUUUUUAGUUUAGUUUGUCCCACUAUACGCCAUGUAGGCGUUUGGGGUGAGUGGAGGUAUAGCUCCUCUCUUCCUUGACCUCGG